GCCAAUGAAAGGCUUUGUUACAAAAGUAACCGAUGUUGCAAACACAUGUCAACAUAUGGAAAUUCAGUAAAGUUGAAUCUGUAAAAUCGGGAGUAAAUAAGUCUGCUCAUUUAGAUUCUACAAUAAUAAUUUUCAUUGGGACGAACAACAGACAGGUACAAGGAAAAUAUGGGAGAUGAAGUGAAUGAAGUUUCCAAACUGUCGAUGGAGGAAGAUGAUAUUGUUGAUCCAUGGAAUGUGGAAAGUAAAUCUGCAUCUGGGGUUGACUAUGAUAAACUAAUAAAACGUUUUGGUAGCCAGAAAGUUGAUGAUGAGCUAAUCAAGAGGAUCGAGCGAGUAACUGGCAAACCAGCCCAUCAUCUCUUAAGGAGAGGAAUUUUCUUUUCUCAGAGAGACAUGCAUCAGAUAUUGACGCUGUAUGAACAGAAGAAACCAUUUUAUUUAUACACAGGCCGGGGACCAUCUUCAGAAGCUAUGCAUCUUGGACAUUUGAUUCCUUUCAUAUUUACAAAAUGGCUGCAAGAAACAUUUGAUGUACCACUUGUGAUACAAAUGACAGACGAUGAGAAAUUUCUCUGGAAAGAUCUGACAUUAGAGGAAGCCCAUAGACUAACACAUCAGAAUGUAAAAGACAUCAUUGCAUUAGGAUUUGAUGUUAACAAAACUUUUAUAUUCAGUGAUUUGGAAUAUAUAGGCUCCUGUCCAGAUUUUUACAAGAAUAUGUGUCGGGUACAAAAAUUAGUCACAUUUAACCAAGUGAAAGGAAUAUUUGGAUUUGGAGACAGUGAUUGUAUAGGCAAGAUCAGUUUUCCCUCAAUACAAGCUGCACCAAGUUUUAGUUCAUCAUUUCCACACAUAUUUAAUGGCAAGAAAGACGUCCCAUGUUUGAUCCCUUGUGCAAUAGAUCAGGACCCUUACUUCAGAAUGACUAGAGAUGUGGCACCUAGAAUGGGUUGUGUGAAACCAGCUCUUCUACACUCCACAUUUUUCCCAGCUCUACAAGGUGCACAGAGUAAAAUGAGUGCCAGUGAUCCAAACUCCUCCAUCUUCUUAACAGAUACAGACAAGCAAAUUAAAAAUAAGGUCAACAAAUAUGCAUUUUCUGGUGGUGGCGCCACUGUUGAGGAGCACAAGGAGAAGGGAGGUAACUGCGAUGUUGAUGUGUCAUACCAGUACCUUACUUUCUUUUUGGAGGAUGAUGAAAGAUUAGCUAAAAUAAAGAAGGAUUACACAAGUGGGGAACUGCUCACUGGAUAUUUGAAGAAGGAGUUGAUAGAAAUAUUACAGAAGAUAGUUGGUGAACAUAGACAAAGAAGAUCGGAAGUAACGGACGAUGUUGUGAAACAGUUCAUGACACCACGAAAACUCAAUUAUGAAUAUUAACAAAAACUAUUCACUAGGAUCAUUUUAUUUAUCAGCAGAUCUUUACAUGAUGGACUUUUAUAUGUGAUUGUGUUCAAUACUAAUUUAUUUCGCAAAUCAGUAGCAGCAUUUGUCACUGAAAAAAACCCACUUCAGUAUGUGCAUGCAGUAUAUUACAAAUAUUCACCACAGAUAUAUUAUACAUUAAUAUUAUUUAAUUCCAAGUUAGCAUCUUUCGUUUGUUAUAUAUUAUGUAAAUGAAUGGAAAUUUACACAUUAUAAAGUAACUGGUAUAAUCUUUACAUGUGAUUUUAGUACUUAGAUAUACAAUAGCUUCUCUUGUGUGCUUCAUAAGUGAAGCAAAAUGCUUCCUAUGAGAAGGUUGUACGUUAGAAUCCUGGAAAAGGAAUUGGUUCUCCAUGACGAUUGACUGAGGACCAUGCAUAAGUCAUUUGUCCUCAAACUGGUUUGAGGCUUUGCCAGUUACUUAUAGAGAACAGGUAAACACAGGAAAAGCUAACACUGGUCAGGUUCAGUGAAAUACUGUAGAAAAAACAGUGAUGAAUUCAAGAAAACAAGAAAAUAUUGAAAACACAAUACAGCAGUACUAUUUCACUUUCAUAACCUCAAACAGCGGCACUUUAAAAAAUAAAUAUAUACAUUAAUCUUAUUGGGCAUUACACCAGUAAAUUAAAGUUUUAAAGUAUU